CUGCGAAGUCGCGUGGCGCGAGAAGGCACUCCCACUCGACACUCGCUGCCGCGGCUGUGUCGCACUCAUUCACUUUAGUUCUCCGCCGACAACUGCGGCGAGCAGACGCGUACUCCUUUUUUGUUCAACAGAUGUUAGUGUACGAUUACGACAUCGCGACGAAUUUCGGACUUUUACCGUGACAGUGAAUCGAACGCUUUCGAAUAUGGGUUAAACACCCUCUUAGGCGUGAUGAGUCCGGGCGAGCGUGUCGCCCUCGGGCGCCGCGAACCCGCUCGCCCUCAGUAUGCCACCACCGCACCGGGAUUCCCGCCGCCCUAUUAUCCGCCCUAUGGCGUGCCGCACCCGAAUGCUUGGCUCGGUGCGCCCCUUAUAUCCAUGGCCGGACGUGCACCGCCACCUUCACGCAAUACACCAGUCUCCAAGCUAGCGAUGCACGCACAAGGGGCGCCCCUCAUCAUACAAAAUAAACAUGACCGAAGGAAGUACACCACCACACCGGAGCAACGUAACCAUCGACCUGUCACUGGACAUAGUGAUCAUGUUAUUAGAGACCGUUGUGAAGUCCCAGAGGGAAACCGGCCUCGUAACCAGCAACAACAAACACGUUCGUCGCGAAGUGUACGCAAUAACAACACGGAUGCGGUUAGUGUCGCGAGCGAUGAGAGUUCCGGCUCAACAAAUUCUGAAACUAUGUUGCCCAGGAUAAUUAAACCGAGAAAGCGACGCAAAAAGGAUAGGAAACCUAACAACAUGACACCACAUGAAUUAAACGCUGUUGGUUUGGAUCUCGGUGAAGUGGAACAUUGUUCAUUAUCGGGAGUUGCGUCUGCGCCGCAUAGUAUUUAUGAGGAUACUUAUUGUCGUGAAAUGUCUUUACCGUAUCGUUUGGACCUUAAAGUGAUGGAAUUUUCGGAUCCAGUACCAGAGACAUAUAGGGUCUCUGCGCUGGGAGAAGCUUUAGAAGCUACUCGUUUUGGUUUGGCUGAGGCUGCUUCGCCGGCUGAAUCUGCUGUCAGUUCUUGUCAGUGUCGUUAUUGUGAUCCUGUGGGACAAAUAUGGGAUGCUGAUUCUAUUGCAGAUUUGCUUGAUGAAAAUUCUAGUGUGGAUUUUGCUCCUACCAAGUUGGAGGAUUCGAUGAAAGUUGUCGGUCCUUUAGGCAGACGAGGAGCAGAUACCACAUUACGACGGAGCUGGAGUGAUCCAUCUUCUCGUGCCCCAGAGCGACGCGAGGCCAGUAGCGACAAUUAUUCAGCACCAAAUUUGUACUCAUUGUUCCCACCCACGAGGAGGACUAGCUCUCCGGAGCCUCGGUCUCCACUUGCUUUGGAAAUAUCUUCGGAGAUCGUCACUUCUAUGAAUGGACAUCGCGAUCUAGAAAUUAAAUUAUUUUCGACCUCGCCUUUAGCUGCGAAUUCCGACCGCCGCUCUUUUUUCGCCGAUAAAAGUGAAAGUGCCGUGAACAAAUUUAUAACUGCAAGCUACGAUCAUAAAGUGAACAGUGCGUUGAACAGUGACAAAGUUGAAUCUAGUGUGAAAAAAGAUGGCAAAAAAAGUGAGAAUGUAUCCGAGUCGGGGCUCGCGACGACUUUCGUCGCCGGCGAACGUUCCCGUAAUAUUUGUGAUUUAGCCUUAGUUACUGCCUGAAAUCUUUGUGAUCGUGUUAUCAAUAUAAUUAGUGAAAGCUUCGUUGUCGUUGAGCAUUUCACGGAUCUCUACGCUCGCCAUUUGAGCUGGACUCAAAUUGUCACAGCGAGGCACGCAUAGAGCAUUUCAUAUAGCGAUGCAUUCAAAUUCAGAUCUCCGUAUCAGUUUCCUGUAGAUUCUAAAUUUAAUUUAUUGUUAACAAUAGUGUUGGAAGCUGACGGGGAGCUUUAUCUGGACACAAAAUAAUUCGCUGUUUAUUAGUAAUUUUAGAUGCGAGAAAACUAUCACAGAUACAUUAAUGCAGUUUUGAUAUGAAUAUACAAUUUAACGUUUAGGGCCAUUACUUAAUAUGUAAUAUAUAUUUUUCAAUAAUGUCAUAACAAAUAGGACUUUAUUAUUUUAUCGCGGUGUUGUUUUACUAUUGUUCGUGUAUAUCUAGAAAGAAAUUGCUUUAGAUGGACCACUUACGCGAAUAGAUUGUAGACAAGCAUCUUGUACAGUCGUCAUACUACUCGGUGUGCGCAAUUAGCGUUUCACACUACUGACACGGUUCUCGCGGCUGCGGCAUCGGCAGUGCAGUCUCUAUUGCGGUUUCCCGCGAUUUUCACCGCGCACGCCGUUCCGGGUGGCGCCUCGUGCGCGGGCGCACCGUUUUAUACUUCUAAUGACUUUUUUCAUUACAAUCGACUCAUGAUUAAAUUUAAGAAACGUACUUUACACAUUUGCGGGUUACCAAUUCCGCAAUGUUGCUGUACAGAAAAAUAUACAUAGCAGCUAUUUGAGUAUAUAAUGAGAAUUCUUAUCACUAGUUUAAAAUUAUCUAUAUAAUUUGAUACGUUAAAGUAAAAAAUGAAGCAUGAAGUCGCUUACUUACGAUAAAAUUGUUUGUAGAAAUAUUCCUAUGCUCUACUAACAGCGGAACAUGGUACCCAUGUGUUACAAUGGUUUUGUACAUUUAUACUUAUAUGCAGAUACUUUAAUGACGUUAUUGAGACCGUACUACAUCAACGUCAAAUCACAAAGUUAUCGUCGUUAUAAAUCCGUCCACAUACAUCAUCGUUAUCACAUACUAGCUUUCGGAAUAUAUAAAUUUUAUUACGCAUUUCAUUACUUCACAAUGAUAUAACAUCAGUCUCACCAAAAUCCAUUAAUAUUUGUGUUUCACGUACUGUCGUUCGAAGCGAUAAAACUACGGUUAUUUCUUGCAGUUGCGUGACUAACGUCAGUAAGUUGUAAUCGUAUUUCUGUAUAAUCGUUAUCGUUGCAUAAGAGUUGCAUUGUUGACAAUGUUUGAAAUUAAUCUCUUGUUGCAUUUUGGAUUCUUAUCGUAGUUUGAGUAGGCUUUACGCUGAGGUCAUUCACUUUGUGUGUACACACAAUAUUUUUGUUAUAGUUUUUGUAAACAUAUAUACAUCUCCGAUGCAACUUUACUUUGUUAUUCGGCGAAUGUUUCUGUUAUUUGUCAGCACGAUUCAAACCGUAUACAUUGGUCACGUAUUUUUAUUUGUGUGUAAAAGCCGGCACGGUAACGUUGUUGACAUAACGAAAUAACAAUGUUGUUACCUUUUUUCCACGUUAGUCUCGUUCAUGACCAAAUUUAUUACAUAGUUUUAAUUCAACAUUCGCAAUAUCAUUAUAAAUUUAUGUUCUGUUAUUUCAUUGAUAAACAGCGAAUUGAACACUUUACCGUACGUCUCAUUGUAACUUUUUUGUUUAAGCAAGGGUCCAACAAUGUAAGUGAUACCAGAUAAAGUUCCAUAAUGUAGAUAAUGUGAAUAUAACUAAGUUAUUCAUGGACUGUAAACUCGUACGCAGUCUCUAUCGUUGGGUUUUACACUCUACGGGCUAUUUUGAUGUUUUCCUUUUUUAUUUUUAUGCUGUGUUUGCUUAUUGGUUGGCGCGUGCGUGGGACGACAUGAUAAAUCGGUUCUUGCUUCAUUUUUUUUCUUUGCGACAUGUGCAGCGUAGACGAGAAGUUAUCUGUUUGAAUUCAGAUUUUACUGUGCAUUAGUGGGUCUAUGUCAAUUGAUAUAUCUAGCCUACGGAAUUAUCUCUGGCACGGAAUUCCUUUGAAGUUGGGGCCUCUUCGAUUCAUAUAUACUUUUUUUAUCUAAAAGGAAGAGGGCAAAAGCUUCUUUAUGUUUUUUAUUAUAUUGUUAAUGUAUUUGAUGUUUCGAUAUUUGAAAAAUAAAGGUUUUAUUGAUCUAAUCUCAUGUUCGACGAAAUGGAUACAAAUUUGGUUAAAUUAAUAAUAUUCUCGUUUCAUGCUGUACUAAUAUUUGUAUUGGGAUUUCGAAAGGGAGUGGCGCCAUUCGUGGUUGUAAAACUCAACGAUACAACCUCACUAUGUUAAAAACAAAGUAGGCUAUGUUUUAUAAUUACUUACUGAGUGAAUGCAUUUUAUAAAUAAAAACAUAGGUUUAAUAUUUGUUUGUGUAUGUCGUGAGACAUGAGUUACACGUUCGCACACUAUUUUUAUAUAAUAAAAUACCAUGUCCUUGUA